AACAAAAAAAGAAAAGAUUGAAGCCGCGGCAUAUGCUUUGUAUUGAAAUAUCGACACAUAGAGAUAUUCCCAAUCACAAUCGCAAUCACUCCUCUCCUCUUCUCUUCUUCUUCUUUAAAGACAAAUCUCUGCGAUUGUGUACGGACAAAAUAGUAUGCAAUAAUGGAGGGCAUACAGCAACGACUAGAGACGUGGAUGAGAGAGCAACGAGCAAAGAUCCUCAAUGCCUCUUCCUCGUGGGGUCCACUGCAAUGGCGAGUGAUGAAGUGGCCAUGGAACAGCAGCGACAGAGAGCAGAGGAAGCGGAUCCAGGAGGAGUACGAGCGUCGCAAGAAGCAACUCAAACAUCUCUGUCGUGAUCUCAAGGCUGAGUCUGUCUCUGACUUGCAAGACAUCCUCUGCUGCAUGGUUCUCUCCGAAUGCGUUUACAAGAGACCUGCUGCUGAUAUGGUACGGGCCGUAAAUAAAUUUAAGGCCGACUUUGGAGGGCAAGUUGUUUCUUUGGAGCGUGUGCAGCCUUCUUCAGAUCAUGUUCCUCACAGGUAUCUUUUGGCAGAAGCUGGUGACACAUUAUUUGCUUCCUUUAUUGGAACGAAGCAGUACAAGGAUGUCAUGGCUGAUGCAAACAUACUGCAAGGGGCUAUAUUUCAUGAGGAUAGUAUGGAAGUUGCUGAGGAGAUUGAAACGGUUAAGUCUGAACAACAUGAAAGUCGAAAAGGAAAUUUGGAAAACUUGUGGAAUCCCCUUGAAUCAAAAUCUAAGCAACUAAAAGAUAAAUCUAAACCUGCUGCCCAUCGAGGCUUUUUGGCCCGUGCUAAAGGGAUACCUGCUUUGGAGUUGUACAGACUUGCUCAGAAGAAGAAGCGAAAGCUUGUAUUAUGUGGACAUUCACUUGGUGGAGCAGUAGCAACAUUAGCUACCCUUGCCAUUUUGAGGGUUAUAGCUGCCUCAUCAUCUUCAAAGGAGAGUGACAAAGUUUUAGUUAAAUGUAUAACAUUCUCCCAGCCCCCAGUUGGAAAUGCUGCUUUAAAAGACUAUGUUAAUAGAAAAGGAUGGCAUCACUAUUUCAAGAGUUAUUGUAUUCCAGAAGAUCUGGUGCCUCGUAUCUUGUCUCCCGCAUAUUUUCAUCAUUAUAAUGCACAGGCUCAAUCAAUGCCUUCUGAUGCUGAAUCUACUAAUAUAUCUAUGUUAAAACGUGAGGAAGGGAUAGAUAAGCUAAAAGAGAAUGAGGGGGAGCAGUUGGUUUUGGGAUUGGGUCCUGUACAGAGUUCAUUUUGGAGGCUUUCAAGGCUUGUUCCUUUGGAGGGUGUAAUGAGACAGUUGAAUAAAUACAGAGGAAAACGAUUUGUACCUGCAGAAACAUCUACGUCUGCUGAUUCUGUUGCAACAUCUUUGGUUGAAGAUGAAGUAGUUGGGCCACAGUCUCUUGUAAUCCAAGAGGGUUCAGAUGGCAUUUCUCUUAAGCCAUUUUCUGACACUGAUAAAGCGCCACCAGAGGUAGUAACAAGUGGAAAGGUAGCAGAACAAGGUGACAUUAAAGGUGGGGAUAGCAAGAGCUGGCGUAGAGUGCCCUAUUUACCUUCUUAUGUACCUUUUGGGCAGCUUUAUCUCUUGGGGAAUUCAUCAGUAGAAUCACUAUCGGGUGCUGAGUAUUCGAAGUUGACAUCGGUCAGAUCUGUGAUUGCGGAAUUAAGGGAACGGUUUCAAUCGCAUUCUAUGAGGUCAUAUAGGCUCCGAUUUCAGAGAAUCUAUGACCUAUGCAUGGGUGAUAAUCCUUCAUCUUUCUUGGGAAUUGAGCAACUGCAGCAGUAUACACAUCUGCAGCAGUGGCUUGGUCUUUCAGUUGCCUCUGUAGAGCUUGGGCAUAUUGUAGAGUCUCCAGUUAUUCGCACAGCUACUUCAAUUGCUCCUCUUGGAUGGAAUGGAGUACCUGGCGGGAAGAAUGGAGAACCUUUAAAAGUCGAUAUCACUGGAUUUGGCUUGCAUCUGUGUACACUGGUUCACGCUCAAGUGAAUGGUAACUGGUGUUCUACUAGAGUGGAAUCAUUCCCCUCAGUUCCGAAUUAUUCUUCAAAUUGUGAAAUGGAGCGAGAAUUACAACAAAUGCGAGUUUUGGUUGGAGCGCCAUUGAGACAACCACCAAAGCAUCAGAUAGUGGCAGAUCCAUUGAUGCCUUUGUUUUCUUCUAUUGAUUCAGAUGCUGCCCAUCUCAAUCAUGAAAAUACUUCAGGUUCCUUUCAUGAUGAAAAAAUUAUUCGCCCUGAAGGUUUGAAUGAUUUUUUUGUGUUCUGCACCAGUGAUUUUGCUACUGUCUCUAAGGAGGUUCAUGUUAGAACUCGUAGGGUCCGGUUACUUGGCCUUGAGGGUGCUGGUAAAACUUCUCUUCUUAAGGCAAUACUUAGUCAAAGUAGAGUAAACACUAAUGCCUAUGUUGAGAAUAUGCUUCCUGAGAGUGAUGAUCAAGAAGGGAUUGCUGGUGGUUUAUGCUACUGUGUUUCAGCAGGGGUAAAUUUGCAGGAUCUGAAUAGGGAAGUUUCUCGUUUUAGAGAUGAACUAUGGAUGGGAAUUCGUGAUCUUAGUCGGAAGACAGAUCUGAUUGUUCUUGUGCAUAACCUGUCCCAUAAAAUACCCCGAUACAAUCACUCAGAUUUGUCACAACAGAAGCCAGUCCUUUCUCUUCUGUUGGAUGAGGCCAAAUCUCUAGGAAUCCCUUGGGUUCUUGCCAUAACAAACAAAUUUUCUGUCAGUGCACAUCAGCAAAAAGCAGCAAUAGAUGCUGUUGUGCAGGCAUACCAAGCAUCUUUAAGCUCAACUGGAGUUAUCAAUUCCUGUCCAUAUGUUAUGCCUGGUGUUGCAAGUGCUUCUUUGUCUUGGGGUGCAACUGGCGGAGAUUCUGAUGGGAGGAUGGGUGCUCAAAAACUUAUUUUUGCCCCAAUCAAUCUUGUUCGGAGGCCUUUCCAGAAGAAAGAUAUUGUUCUUUCAGUGGAGGGUGUUGCCUCUCUUUGUCAGCUAAUCCAUCGUGUGCUUCGAAGCCAAGAGGAAGACUCUUUCCAGGAACUUGCUAAAGAUAGACUUAUGGUGGAGUUGGCACGAGAACAAGCAAUGGUUAUAGGAGCAAGUAGAGAUGCUCAGGCCAAGGCAUCCUCCUUAACAGCUGCAGCUGUGGGUGCUUCCCUCGGUGCCGGUCUUGGUAUUGUCUUGGCUGUUGUGAUGGGUGCAGCAUCUGCCUUGAGGAAGCCCUGAGAAUUUACUCCAUUUUUUUUUUUUUAAUUUUAAUUUUUUCAGAAUUGAGAGUUUGGUAAAUUUUUUUUUAAUUUUUUUAAUUUUUAGUUUUCCCAUGUGGCCAUUUUUGUCAAUACUAGAGUUAAUCAUCUUACAAGGCAUUGCUUCAUAUAGGCAAAGGGGCUUAGGCUUCUCUUUGAAGUUCUAUUUGUUUAUUAAUAGUUUUGAACCUAUGCCAUCUCUCCUGGAUGUACAGAUUGUAUAUGUUGGUGAACAAUGUCAUUGAUGAUUUCAAGAA